AUGCCCAGCCUGCCGGCCCUGCUCGCCUUGCUGUUCGUCUGCUGGGCCCCGCUCCGAGCCGCAGCCAGCUCCUGGUGGUCCUUGGCGAUGAGCCCAGUGCAGAGACCUGAGAUGUUCAUCAUUGGGGCCCAGCCCGUGUGCAGCCAGCUCCCGGGGCUGUCCGCUGGCCAGAGGAAGCUGUGCCAACUCUACCAGGAGCACAUGGCCUACAUCGGGGAGGGUGCCAGGACGGGCAUCAGGGAAUGCCAGCAUCAGUUCCGGCAGCGCCGGUGGAACUGCAGCACCGUGGACGAUGCCUCCGUCUUCGGGAGAGUCCUGCAGAUUGGGAGCCGGGAGACGGCCUUCACCUAUGCUGUGAGCGCGGCCGGGGUGGUGAAUGCCAUCAGCCGCGCCUGCCGUGAGGGCGAGCUGUCCACCUGCGGCUGCAGCCGGGCUGCGCGGCCCAAGGACCUGCCCCGGGACUGGCUGUGGGGCGGCUGUGGCGACAACGUGGACUACGGCUACCGCUUCGCCAAGGAGUUCGUGGACGCCCGCGAGCGGGAGAAGAACUUCGCCAAGGGCUCAGAGGAGCAGGGCCGCGUGCUCAUGAACCUACAGAAUAACGAGGCGGGCCGGAGGGCUGUGUACAAGACGGCAGACGUGGCCUGCAAAUGCCACGGCGUCUCGGGGUCCUGCAGCCUCAAGACCUGCUGGCUGCAGCUGGCAGAGUUCCGUAAGGUGGGGGACCAGCUGAAGGAGAAGUAUGACAGUGCGGCCGCCAUGCGUAUCACCCGCCGCGGCAAGCUGGAGCUGGUCAACAGCCGCUUCAAGCCGCCCACGCCCGAGGACCUGGUGUACGUGGACCCCAGCCCGGACUACUGCCUGCGGGACGAGAGCACAGGCUCGCUGGGCACGCGGGGCCGCCUGUGCAACAAGACGUCCGAGGGCCUGGACGGCUGUGCGCUCAUGUGCUGCGGCCGCGGCUACGACCAGUUCAAGAGCGUGCGGACCGAGCGCUGCCACUGCAAGUUCCACUGGUGCUGCUUUGUCCGCUGCAAGAAGUGCACGCAGGUCGUGGACCAGUUCGUCUGCAAGUAGCUGGGGCCGCCGCCUGCUCCUCCGAGCCGGGCCCGGAAGUCUAUGGGAUAUAGAUCUAUAUAAAUAUAUUUUAUAUUUGUAUAAAGGAAAGGCUGGAUGGUAAAUAAUUGAAAGAAGACAACAGAAAAGAGAAGCUUAUUUAAGAGACGCUGGAGAUCUUUGAGGAUUGGGGGCUCUCUGCUUCCAGUGAGUGGGACACGGGCUUUGUCUCCUGCCCUGGCUGGGCCUCUCUAGAGGUGGGGACUUGGGAAUGUCCACGGCCUACCCGACGAGGCCUUGAGGACAGAGAGAGUGCUUGGAGGGAGAAGUGGAUGGCAUCUGUUUUCCUUGUUGGGUGGGUGAUGGCCCUGUGACCCUGGUUGCCAAGCCAGGCGGCCCCUUGGAUGGUGAUGGGAACUCAACUUCACCCCUGGCAUCUUCUGGGUCUCCAGCAGAAUACCGACCGCUUCCAUGAGAGGCCCAGCGCCUUCUCACGUAUUCGUCUGUGUGUGCUUGCAGAAUCCACAGUUUCAGGAAAGAGGACAGGCCCCUUUGUCACCUCUGAUGGUGGGCCAGCUCCUCCCCUGACUCCGGGGCCCACCUUUCCAGCGAGAGAUUUUCUCACUCCAGGCUUCGCAGGCUCCCACAGCAUCUGUGCCCAAGCUGCAGAAAGCCAGGUGGUGCCCAGUCAGGUGGUCGCACUGGGCUCCCACACUACCGGGAGCAGACGCUCUGAUAUUUCCAUUGGCCCUCCUUGUCCAGGGAGGCCUGGGGCAGCCCGGGGCCAGCUCCUGGCAUGGGCUCGGCUCUGCCCCGGAUAUAGUUCCCUCCAACAUUAAACACCCUCCACUGAA